ACACAAACAGACACCUGUACACACACAGACAUGUACAUACACACACAGAUACAUGUACAUACACAGAAAUACACACGCACAUACAUAAACACACACACACAUGUACAUGCACACAGACACAUGUACACACACACAGACACAUGUGCAGAUACACACAUGUACAUACGACACAUGUACAAUUGUACAUGCAUACAGAGACACACACAAACACAUACACAUGUACACAAACACAACCCUAAAAAGUUGCAGUACUUCGUUGUUCACUCACAGAGUCAGGUACUGCACUCUAGGGGGAGGCAGAGAGCACAGCACACACGCCUUCCUUUGCUUUCACUGCGCUCAGCUAUUGAGCAUUCUGACGGCUCACAGUGCCAAUGACAGAUCCAGCCUGAGCUCCAAGCCUGCUCAGCAAGAUAGCCCUGGGGGACACACUCGUCCCCACAAUAAUUUCCACUCGCCAUUGGCGAGCAGGCGAGUGGAAAUGUCAAGCCCUGUUUAAAU